UGCUCUGCUUCUGUGGAAAAAAUAUAUUGAACGUCACAGAAGUUAUCCUUAAAGGAUACGGCCCCCAUGCUUCGCAUAAAUCUGCUCCAUUGCACGUCAAGCAAAACCUAAAGAGCUCUGUACAACAGCUGCUUUGCUUAGUCCUGCUUUGUCACAUUCCAAUUUUUUCGAGGAGGAGAAAAAGUGUUUACGAAGGAUCGGAUGCAUUUGUCAAUGGAUGCCCUUGGAAUAGUGGACGAUAGUUGCCUGGACAACUAUGACAUUGCAAAAAGUGCCGGGUCGAGCAGUGGAGGCAGGGUCCACAGUAUUGAUGUCAUACUGGGAUUCACUAAAGACCAGGACCCUUUACUCCAUUCGGUAGGAGAUGGUGACAGCCAAAAAGCCAACGGAGAAAACCCACAUCACCCUGAAAAGCAGGUCCAUCUAGACCCAUACGGGCACCUUCCAGAACUGGGCGACAGCUCCGAACAUUCUUCCUACCACGAAUCUGACCUCUUCUCAGGUGACAAGUGUGAUGGAGAAAUGAGUGACCUGCAGAAGAACGUGGACGAUGUAGAAGGGUCUCCAGAGACCAUAAAAGAGGAAGAGCACACUAAAAAGAAACACAGAAGAAAUCGUACCACCUUCACCACCUAUCAGCUCCAUGAGCUGGAGCGAGCCUUUGAGAAGUCCCACUACCCAGACGUCUACAGCCGCGAGGAAUUGGCGAUGAAGGUCAACUUGCCUGAGGUCCGAGUUCAGGUGUGGUUUCAGAACCGAAGGGCCAAGUGGCGACGUCAAGAAAAGAUGGAUACUAGCACCAUGAAGCUUCACGAUUCCCCCAUGCUAUCCUUCAGUCGCCCUUCGAUGCCUCCCAACGCUGGUCCUGUGGCUAAUGCGAUGCCCCUAGAUCCCUGGCUGACCUCACCCAUCUCCAGUGCCACGCCUAUGCAUACCAUCCCAGGGUUCAUGGGCUCACCACAGGGCUUGCAGCCUACCUAUCCGAGCCAUGGCUUUCUCAACACCCCGCCUGGCAUGGUCCAAGGUAUGCAGCCCAUGGGCCCACCUCCUUACCAGUGCCCUCCCAGCUUCAAUGAUAAAUACCCAAUGGAGGAUGACAGGAGUUCCAGCAUUGCAGCACUCAGGAUGAAGGCCAAAGAGCACAUUCAGUCAAUGGAUAAAACUUGGCAGCACAUGUGAUGUGGUGCGGCACUAUGGACGGAUUUUUGAUCUGCUCCCGUGAAUGUUUACAAACUGCUUUUCAGCUGUUAGUUUCAUGUACCGAUGAAGAGGAUACAUGACACCAAAGGUGUUUGAGAGUCUGCAAUUUUUUUUUCCAAUAAUGCUGAUAAGCAACUCUCAAAUUGGACUUCUUGUGAUUUUUUGUUUUAAAAAUUCACUUUAAAAUAUAAUUAAUUUUGGACAAACAAUGUUUUUGGUCGCAAGGAACGAUCAAAUCUCUGGUGGUCAGUCUUUUGGUUGGGCAGGUUUUUUUUGAGUGAGAGAAAAUCUUCAACAUGAAUGUUUUGACACUUUAAAUGAGUGUCUGAAUUUUGUAUAUUUCUGACAAAAUUAAAUACAGUUUAGCAUAUAAGAGACUUAGUAGAGCCAUGUGGUCAGUAUUAGAAACAUCUUUCCAUUUAGAGUUAUUACUUACAGAUUUCAAAACAUUUAUAUAAGUGUGCUGUCUUAAUCCAGUGGUGUUCUGACCUUUUGGUUGAAAUAUACUUUAUAAUUUCUGAACCUAACCCUCACUACAGGUACCUGAGUGUAAGAUCUUCCUGUUCCCUUGAAGUGAUAACAUGAAGUUUUCAUAAAUGGCCACUGCACUGCACUUUCAGAGUGUUUGUUGGUAUCUAAUCCUCAAGAAAUAUUUAGUGUUGGUAUAAACUUGUUUUACAGUAUAUCUGUUUGGUUGGCUUUUCUACUUCGUCCAAUAUGAUUGCUUUUUUAAAAUCAUUAAAAUUCCCUUUUGGAGAGCAUGGAGUCUGAAUGGGGGAGGUUAUCGGAAGUCAGAGAGCAUAAUCUGGUUGGAGGGCUAAUUUAAACAGACAAGCAUAGCUCUUAACACCUAAUUACUGCUUUUAAAGCGAUUAACCCCGGAUUUUCAGCCAUAGACAGAAUGCCCUCAGAUGCCCCUUAAAACCCCUUUAAAAGACCUGAUUAACUCCCCCUCAAACUUGCUCAUUUAUAUUAUUUCUAAUUUACAGAUACAACACUACAUACCAGUGUUUCCUCCAUGGUCUUGAUCUUCAUCCUUAUUGGUAAAGGGUACUUCUUAUUACAUUGUUGAAACAAUAGUCACUUGAGUCAAAUGGAUUUAGGUUGAGAAAGAUAAUGGAUGCUGGCAGCCCCAUCUUACUGUUGGAAACUGUUGAAACUGUUGGACCACAACUAGAAGAAGAAGACAAACUCUGUCUUUUAUGUAUAUGCAUUAAACUGAUGUCGAAGGCUGCUGCGUUAGCAAAACAAUCUUUUCAUCAUUUCUUCUGUGGCAUCUCUCCUGACAUUUUAUUUCAUGGACUCAAGGGAAAAGACCUUGAUAAGUGUCUUAGCCAGGCUUUCAUCUCUUUGUCAAAACGUGUCAUGAAGUUAAAUUUAUCUGAAUCAAUAUGAUUUUAUAGAUUACUUUAAGAAUACUCUGUCAUCAAUUUCACAGACUUUAGAAAUGGCAACAUCAGUUGUAUAGGUUUUGCUGUUUGUUUUGUUCUAAUCCCUGUUUAUAACAGUGGACGAAAAGGCCAAAGAAAUAAGAAGGAACUUUUGUUUUUACUAGAAGAAACAUUUAUAAAUAUUUGUGGAUGUUGGUUAUUUUUUCAUCAGUUUUCAGUAUCAUUAUAUACUAAUUUCUAGUUCUUCCAAGUUUUUAAAUUGUGAUAUUGUUUUUCCAUGUGCAAAACAUAGAAUAAAGUUACAGUCGCACUACUGUAGAAGCAC